AUGGAAGGGGCCGAUAUCGUGGAGUCGCCGCGCAAGCGGCAGAAGACGGACAACGACAACAUGUCUUCCGAAGAAGUUGCCGUUGCAGCCAAACCCGCCGCCGACGACGCUCAAUUGCAGAAGGAGAUCGAGGUUGGGAUUACGGAGUUUGUUACCCCGCAGAAUGAGGGCUUUUCGGGGAUCUUGAAGAAGAGAUAUACCGACUUCCUGGUCAAUGAGAUCUUGCCUACUGGUCAGGUUCUGCAUUUGAGGAACGUCGCGACGCCGGAGCAGAAUAAGAAAGACAAGAAGGAUACGAAAGCCGAACCAGCUGCUGAGUCUGCGACCGAGAACACCGCGACCAAAGCUGAAGAGGAACCCAAACCGGCCGAAACUGCACCCGAGCCCGCCCCCGAGUUCAACCUCUCUGACGAAGACAGUACCACCCUACACACCUACUUUGGCGAAGAUGCUACCAACAGAAUCGUUUCUCUACACAAACGCGCCCAAGCCUCCAACGCCCGCCCAAGCGCAUUCGACAAGAUCGCUACCUCUGUCAUGACCGACCGCGACCAGCGAAUCCAAGUGCACCAAGCCAUCCGUCGUAUCUUCAACUCACAGCUCGAGUCCAGUACAGACGGCGAGGGAAUGAUGUGGAUCUCUGCCGCGCCGAACCGCAACAAGCGGAAUGGACAGAAUGGGCAGAAUGGACGCGGUGGACGGGAUGCGAACAGGAAUAACUGGCAAGAGCUUGGUGGUCCGUAUUUGCAUUUUACAAUCUACAAGGAGAACAAGGAUACGAUGGAGGUGAUCUCGUUCCUGGCACGGCAGUUGAAAACAAAUCCCAAGUCGUUUCAGUUUGCUGGGACGAAGGAUCGACGGGGUGUUACUGUGCAGCGGGCGUGCGCGCAUAAAGUGAAGGCGGAGAGACUGGCCCAUAUGAACAACACGCUGCGCAAUGCGAGACUAGGCGACUUUGAGUACCGCGAGCACGGUCUGGAAUUGGGCGACCUCAAUGGCAAUGAGUUCGUGGUAACGCUACGUGAAUCCGACAUCCCCGGCGUCGAUCUAAACGACCGCGAAGCUGCCAUCUCCAAAGCCAACGAGCUCGUCGGCUCCGCCCUGCGCAACCUCCGCGAACGCGGCUACUUCAACUAUUAUGGCCUCCAGCGCUUUGGAACCUUCUCCACCCGCACCGACACCAUCGGCGUGAAAAUGCUCCAGGGCGACUUCAAAGCCGCCUGCGAAGCAAUCCUCCAAUACCCCCCACACGUCCUCGCCGCAGCGCAAGACCAAACUCAGGACACCGGCAACAUCAGCACAGACGACAAGGCCCGCGCCCAGGCAAUCCACCACUUCCAAAGCACAGGCAAAAGCGCCGAAGCACUAGAAAAGCUGCCCCGCAAGUUCUCCGCGGAAAUGAACCUCAUCCGCCACCUGGGCCGCUCGAAGAACGACUUCAUCGGCGCGCUGCAGAUGAUCCCCCGCAAUCUGAGACUCAUGUACGUCCACGCGUACCAGAGUCUAGUCUGGAACUUUGCCGCAGGCGAACGGUGGCGGUUAUACGGCGAUAAAGUCGUCGAGGGAGACCUCGUGCUCAUGCACGAACACCGCGAGAAAGAAAGCGACGCUUCAACCGCCGAGAUUAAUAACGAAGUCGACGCCGACGGCGAAGUCAUCAUCACACCUGCAGCACACGACAGCGCCCGCGCCGCAGAUGACCAGUUCACGCGUGCGCGCGCCCUAUCCGCUACUGAAGCUGCGUCGGGUCGAUACAGUAUCUUCGAUGUCGUCCUUCCACUCCCCGGCUUUGACGUGUCGUACCCCGCGAACGCAAUGACAGACUUCUACAAGCGCUUCAUGGGCAGCGAGGAAGGCGGAAAACUAGACCCCUUCGACAUGCGCCGUAAAUGGAAGGACAUUAGUCUCAGCGGAAGUUACCGCAAAUUACUCAGCCGAAUGGGCGAAGACUACUCCUUCGAAAUUAAGACUUACGAGAAGGACGAUGAGCAGUUCAUUGUCACGGAUCUGGAGGCCGUUACUAACCAUGAGUCUGAGAAAGCUGAGGCGAAGACCGAGGGCGGGAAGGGUGAUAAAUUGGCCGUGGUGCUCAAGUUCCAGCUCGGCUCGAGCCAGUAUGCUACUAUGGCGUUGCGGGAGUUGAUGAAAGGGAGGGCUAAGGCUUAUACGCCUGACUUCGGAGGCAGGUAA